UAUAUGUGAACAUGGAAAGCUACAGGUUCUUAAACGAGAAUCAUAUCAUUGUUUCAAUAGUUUCCCCCAAUCUCUUUGCAGCUCCCUCCUGUGUUUCCUUUUUCCCCAUUUGACAAGACUCAUGGCUUCGGCGACAGACUCCUCAUACGGUAUAAGAAUUACAUUCAUUGUGAUUCUCUUCUUUUCCCUCACAUUUCUCCCUCCUGUCUCAGCGGGAUCAUCAAUGCCUUCAAGAGAGAGUGAAGAUAUGAAGCAAAAGAAAAUGGUUCUGGGUUCAAGGCCUCCUCAAUGUGUCAAUAGGUGCUCUAAUUGCAAGCCUUGCAUGGCUGCUCUGGUCACUCCUCCCCAUCAUAAAAACGGUGUCAGGGGACCAUCAUCAUCUAAAGGAGAUGAAAGCUAUUACCUGCUCUCAUGGAAGUGCAAAUGCGGAGAUAAGUACUUUCAACCUUGAAGUUUGUAUACUACCCUAGGAUACAUUAAUGUUAGUAUUACAUGUAGCUAGACCUAAGUAGUCUCUCCCUAGCAUGCCAGGAACCUCCCUCCCUCCCUCCCUCCCUCUCAGGACAGAAGUACUUAGAUGUAUAAUAUGGGUGCUGGCUUGCCUUGUCGCAGUGGGUAUUCUGUAAUUUUUUUCAGGGACAUUCAAUUAUCUUUGAUAUCUGUCUGGCUAUCUCAUGAAUCUGCCAAUACGCAACUGUCAUAUCUUGAACAUUUUAGCAUCAUGAAAAGCUCUAUCCAACCAUUAAAUGCCUUGAAAAACAUGCUACACUAAUUAUGUCUGCAAUUAUUUCAUGUUUGCUCAGCUUUG